AUGGAGGAUCAAAAUCAGACGAGUUUCACAUUUAUGAUAGAUAACUUGUCGGACAAGAUAACAGAAUCACCAAAGUUCUUAAACGGCGGCUGGGAAUGGGUUGUUGAUGUUUAUUCCAAAGAGGAAGACCACAAGUUAUAUGUGUACCACUUCCUUAUGGUUGCGAAUCCUGAAUCCUUGAGACCUGGAUUGAUAAGACGAGUUAGUUUCUUCUUCGUUAUACUGAAUCAAUCCGGCAAAGAGUUAUACAGAACAAAUGAAAUAUGCAAAUUGUUCUGCGAUAAGGUCAGUGGAUGGGGUUGCUACGAGCCCCUGCCUCUUGAAUUCGAGACGAAUAAAAUCACCCUAAAGCUCGAAGUCGUAAAAGUAGUUGAAGUUGUUGAUUGGAAUGAGAUGAUAGAAUUUAAUGGUUUCCAGAUUCAUUAUUCUCAGGUUGAAUCAGUUAAUUCGCUUUUCCUGAAUCACCGGGGCUUUGAAAUAAAUUUCCGUCUAAAGAACGAAUUGUUGAAGACAACAUACAUGAACGUUCUCCUUGCUCUCGUCGACACACUGAACAAGCCUCCACAUAGCUUGACCGAGACUGAGCUAAGCAACGCUCGCAGCGACCUGGUCGAGCUAACAGAAGCAGGUUUCAAGCUAAACUGGUUAAAGACAAUGCUUGAUGAGGUUUCCUUGGAUAGGAAUAAAGAAAAUAUUGCUGAUCAUGGGUCACAAGUCGAACAACACAUCAAGGAGAAGGUCGAGGCUGCUAGAGAUUGGCUCGAGGGUGCUAUUCACUCUUGGAAAGGACGUUUGGGAUUUGCUCCUCUUCGUAAUGAGAAAAUAGACUGA